GGCGUCUUGUCUGUACUGACCUUUUUUUUUGGGGCUGUUUUUAUUUCUUGCUUUCACCUGCGGAAUCUUUGUAAUUUGUUUAGCUGGAAUUCAGAAACAACAGUUUUGGUGGUACGUUGCCCUCGGAAUUGUCUCAUCUUCGCAGGUUGAAGUUGAUUAGCUUCAACUUUAACAACUUUGCAGGAACCAUUCCAUCAUGGUUCGGGUCCUUAUCUGAACUUCAAACCUUCGAUUUGUAUGGUAAUCAAUUUUCAGGUUCCAUACCCAAUGAUAUAUUCAACUUAUCUGCACUGCAAGUACUUGAUCUAAGAAACAACCAGCUAUCCGGUAGCAUACCAAAAGAUAUCGAGAAGUUAACAAUGCUGAAAGAGAUAUUACUUGGACAAAACAAUUUCAAAGGUAUCAUACCAAGAGAAAUCGGGAACCUAACUAUGCUCAAGACGCUAUAUCUUGACUAUAACAUGUUCGAAGAAAUCCCAAACUUGAUUGGCACUAAAGAUCAGGUGGAGAAGUUGUAUGUGCAGGUUAAUGCCCUAAAAGGGCCUCUUCCGUUGUCUGUCUUCAAUAUGUCGUCUUUGAAAAUUUUGGCUCUAACAGCUAACAACAUGACUGGUAGUAUUCCAGACAAUUUAUGUCAACAUCUUCCAAGUAUUCAGAUCUUGAGUUUGAUAAGCAAAAAAUUUGAUGGUCCACUUCCAUCCAAAUUAUGGCAAUGCAAGGAGCUUCUUGAGUUCUUAUUAGGCUAUAACAACUUCGGUGGAAACAUACCGAAAAGUAUCGGGAACUCGACCCAGUUAAUAGAGAUCAGUAUAAGCGGCAACAACUUGACAGGUACCUGCCAACUCAUUCCAACUCUACUUAUAUAUUACCUUGUAUUUGAGAAGAGGUUCAUAACUCUUUUCAAUUUAUUUUAGUUCUAGUUUGGCUUCAGGCUUAGCCUCAGUUGUUGCCAAUGACAGAAGUAGAGAGCGAGCCUUGUUUUUUGACUCACUUUUAUCAAAACUCGACCCCUUUUUAUUGAGUUGAGGAUUGCUAUUAGCACUCCAAAUAUCUCAUUUUACGCUCAAAACUUCUUAUAAUUAGAAAAAAAAAAUACACUUGUGAGAAGUGUAAAAUGAGAUUUUUAGAGUGCUAAUAACAUUUCUUAUGUAUUAUGUUGUUCCUGUCAUGAUUAUUUCUUAAUUUAAAUGUGGCUUGAUAGGUAAAUGAAUCGUUCAAAAUAUUAACAUGCUAUAAUUAACAGAUAAAACUAAGUACUUAAUUUUGAAGUCUCACCAAUUCUUGUUAAAAAUAGAAAUUGCUGACAUAACUUGAGGAGAUUAUUGUAAAGCUUUCUAUAUAUUGAAGUCAACAUGUUCAAUAAGGAUCCGUUCUAUAAUCGUUCGCUUUUUGUUUUUUAUUUUUUGUGCUUGAGAUAAGAGAAAAAUAUGAGGGAGAUGACAAAUGAAGGUUGGUGGGAGAGUAGAAAUAUAAUAAAAGAAUAAAUGAAAAGAAAAUCUUGAAUAGUCUUGUGCACCUCUCAUACCAUCCACUCUUCUUUAUAUCUCAUUUCUCACAUGUAUAUAUAUUUUUCUAGACUCUGACACAUAUAAAAAUAAAACAAAAAAAUAUGAAAUGAUUAUCAAAUGGGCUAUAGUCUAAAGAACAAAUUGAUAUCUUAGUUAGAAAAUUAAAAGAUAUUCUCACAGCAACUAAAUAAUACAAACGAAAUGUUUUGCUUAGCUUACUGGCCGUAUCCUUCCAUCUUUGCAGCCCAUUUCCUCAAAAAGUUUUCAAUCCUCUUUUAAUUUUUAUUUUCUCUUUAACAAUUCAGUGAAACUAUUGAAUAAUAUGAAGUAUUUAAGAAUGCUAAGGCCAUUAAACUAACUUGGGUGGUACGUUAAUUAUGGCAGAUACGAUACCAGAUGAGACUCGUGAUCUUCAAAAUUUACAGAUUUUAACACUCGAUUUUAAUAAUUUUAAUGGUCCCAUUCCAUGCAAAAUCUUCAAUAUGUCCAUGUUGAGACAAAUUUCACUAGUUGAUAAUCAACUCUCAGGAAGUCUUCCAACAGACAUAGGCAUUGGAGUUCCAAACCUAGAAUUCAUGUCUGUUGCAAUGAAUAAUCUCAGUGGACUAAUCCCCAACUUUAUCUCCAAUGGCUCUAAGCUCACGAGGCUAGACGUGUCUUCAAACUCAUUUUCUGGGUUUAUUCCCAACUUUAUCUCAUUUGUCUACGUCGCUUGAAUAUCGUCAUUUAGUCUUUUGCAAUUUGAGGGGUAGCAUUCCCAAUGAUAUUGGAAACUUCACUAGCUUGAUAUCCUUAGGGAUUGUAUCCAAUCUAUUGAGUGGGUCAAUUCCAACUUCUGUGGGAAGACUAAGGAAUCUCCAGGGUCUCUAUUUGUAUGAUAACAAGUUGCAAGGAUACAUCCCAGAUGAACUUUGUCUACUGGACAACCUAGUUGAAUUGAAUAUCAGGGGUAAUCAACUCUCUGGUUCCGUACCUUCCUGCCUAGGUAAUUUAACUGCAAAACUUAGAAAGAUAUCAUUAGAGUCCAAUUUGUUAACUUCCACAAUACCAUCUACCUUAUGGAAGGUUACAUAUAUAUUGAUCCUAGACUUGUCAUCCAAUUUACUCGUUGGUCCUCUCUCAGAAGAUGUUGGAAAACUGAAAGUUGUGAUAGAAGUGAAUUUAUCAAAUAACCAUUUAUAUGGUGCUAUACCAAGCAGUAUGAGUGGACUCCAGGAUUUGGUUAGUCUGUCCUUGGAAAAUAAUAAUUUAGAAGGUCAUAUCCCCAGUUCAUUUGGAAACUUGCUAAGCCUGGAACUCUUGGAUCUAUCCAAAAACAAUCUUUCCGGAGUAGUUCCAAAGUCUCUUGAAGCACUCAUUCAUCUCAAGUAUCUGAAUUUGUCUUUCAACACACUCCAAGGCCCUGCAAAAAUAGUACAGCGUCUCAACCACAUUCAAGGAAAGCUAGAAUAUCCACCCUGAAAUAUAUAAUUCCAGGGAUCAUAUCAGCAAUACUCCUAGUGGCCUUUAUAUCGAUGUUGAUACUACGGAGGAAAAGGGGAAUGCUGUAGUUGCAACAAAUACUGCGUUGGUAACUCUACUUCUCUGCAGAAGAGUUUCAUACCUAGAACUUCUAAGGGCGACAAAUGGAUUUAGUGCAAACAACUUACUUGGUACAGGGGGUUUUAGCACAUUAUAUAGAGGGGCACUUUCAGAUGGGAUAGGUGUUGCUGUAAAGGUCUUCAAUUUACAAGUAGAAGGGGGUUUCAAGAGUUUUGACAAGGAAUGUGAAAUGCUAAGCAAUACACGUCAUCGAAAUCUUCUCAAAAUCAUUAGUUGUUGCUCCCAAAUUGAUUUCAAAGCCGUGGUACUGGAAUACAUGCCUAAUGGGAGCUUAGAGAAGUGGUUGUUCUCUUCAACAUGUUCUUUGAAUGUCCUUGAGAGGUUGAAUAUAAUGAUACAUGUUGCAUCGGCAUUGGAAUACCUUCACCAUGGCUAUCAAUUACCUAUUGUUCAUUGUGAUUUGAAGCCAAGCAACAUACUCCUAGAUGAUGACAUGGUUGCACAUGUUGCUGAUUUUGGAAUCGCAAAACUUUUGGGAGGAGAUUCUGUGCCUCAGACGUUGACCCUAGCCACAAUUGGGUAUAUGGCUCCAGAGUACGGAAUGGAAGGAAUUGUUUCGACAAGAGGGGAUGUGUACGGUUUUGGUAUUGUAAUGAUGGAAACAUUCACGAAAAGGAAGCCGACGGAUGAAAUGUUUGCUGGGGAAAUUAAUUUAAAGGAAUGGAUUGCAAAUUCAUUACUAGAAGAUGGAAUAAUAGAAGUUCUGGAUGCCACUUUACUUGGUAUAGAGGAUGAUGAUGAUAAAUUUGUGGUCAAGAGACAUUGUUUGUCAUCCCUUACGAGAUUGGCCUUAGCAUGUUCUGCGGAGUCACCGCAAGGGAGGAUAAACAUGCAAGAUGUUGUUGUCACCCUCAAAAAAAUCAAGAUAAAGCUUUUGAAGGCUGUUGCAUGAGGGGGACAGGGAAGCCAAACUUUUCAACCGAUUGAAGUAAAAUGCAGUUGUGUAUAUGUGCCACCAAACCUGUAUUUUCGUUACAUGGUCUAAUUGGUUGGUGGAUCCAUUUUGGAGAACAAAAAUAUCAUAGAUUUAGAGGGUGCUGGUGCAAAUGCAAGUUUAUACAGUUGUUUCCUGUGUGGGUUGCUACGAGUGUUUUUCCCUCUUGGUUUUAUUUGCCAAAACUUCUUGUCCGUUUCGGAAACUAGAGAUGGUGAAGAAAAUUAUGUACUACAUAUGUUGAAGCAUUGCUGAAAGAUCAGAGUCUAAUGGGAAAACAAGGGUCUCCAAGAAGUCCACGCCCCGAGCCGCAGGUUGACGAUGACUUAUCGUCAGGGACGAAAGACUAUGAUCCUUCUAAUAUUGGGAGGAGAAUGCCAGGAGGAGAUAACCAUUUGAAUUCCAAAAUGUUGUUCCUUCAUGGUCUGAAAAAUGACCAUCUUCAUGUUGUGAGAAGUGAUUCUGUAAAAUAUAGUACUUGUAAAGGGAGCUUCGUGGGGAAAAAGCAUUUGUGGCUUCGAAAAGAUGUGCGAUCAAUCGUCAUUGUGUUUGCGUUAAUGGGUUUCCUUCUCCUGCUUGAUUCUUUUAUAGUGUCUAUUUUCGAUUCAAUGGUUCUUCAGAAUAGUUCAACUUAUGUAAGUAAUCCACCGGGGUUUAAGGAGGACAGGGUCCCCUACGUUAUGAAAGAAAAAUCACCAGCACACAUGUAUGACCGGCUUCUAAAGUUGGCGAAAGGUGCCAUUGCUGAGAAAGAGUUAAAGCCAGAGUCGUCGACUUUAUGGGAAGAACCAUAUAAGCAGGCUGCUGCAUGGAAGCCUUGUGCAGACAGGAAAGUUUUGACGAGCCUAGGGAAAUACAACAAAAGUAAUGGCUACAUAAUAGUCAGUGCAAAUGGAGGUCUCAAUCAACAACGAGUUGCUAUUUGCAAUGCUGUUGCUGUGGCAUCUCUUCUUAAUGCUACUCUUGUUCUUCCAAGAUUUCUUUACAGCAAUGUAUGGAACGAUCCGAGUCAAUUCGGCGAUAUUUACCAAGAAAAUUAUUUUAUAGAUGUACUGAAGGAUGAAGUUAACAUUAUCAAAGAACUUCCUCCUCAUUUGAAAACACUGGACCUUGAAGCAAUCGGUAGCCUUAUUACGGAUGCAGAUCUUGUGAAGGAGGCAAAACCAGUUGAUUAUAUCAGAACUGUACUUCCUCUUCUCUUGAGAAAUCAAGUUGUUCACUUCCUCGGAUAUGGAAAUCGACUAGGCUUUGAUCCGUUGCCUUCUGAACUUCAGAGAUUAAGAUGCAAAUGUAACUUUCAUGCUUUGAAAUUUUUGCCCGAAAUCCAACAAGUCGGUUCUCUGUUGGUUAGAAGGAUAAGAAAAUAUGAUGCUGCUUUGAGUGUGUUGGACAAACAAUUGCUUGGAAAUUUCAUGCAAAAAGCUCCCUCAAGAGUACAUGGUUCUGCAAGAGGCCCAUCUAAAUAUCUCGCUCUACACUUGAGAUUUGAGAUUGACAUGGUGGCCUACUCCCUGUGUGAAUUCGGAGGUGGAGAAAGUGAGAGAAAGGAACUCCAAGCCUACAGGGAAAUCCAUUUUCCGCUGCUCAUUAAGCGCUUGAAGAACUCAAAGGCAGUUUCUCCAAGACAGUUGAGAAAGUUGGGGAGGUGCCCAUUGACACCAGAAGAAGCAGGACUAGUUCUUGCUGGUUUAGGUUUCAAGCAUGGAACCUACAUUUAUCUAGCUGGUUCUCAAAUAUACGGUGGAAGCUCCCAGAUGAAUUCCUUCACCAGCCUCUACCCUAACUUGGUCACCAAGGAAACUCUCCUCACGCCGAGCGAACUUGCACCUUUUCAAAAUUUCUCUUCUAAGUUAGCAGCAUUAGACUUCAUUGCCUGUGCAACCGCCGAUGUGUUUGCUAUGACUGACUCUGGGAGCCAACUAUCCUCCCUAGUGUCUGGAUUUCGGACCUACUACGGUGCUGGCCGUGCUCCUACUUUGCGGCCAAACAAGAAGAGGCUAGCAGCAAUUUUGUCUGAGAAUAGUAUAGGGUGGAACAGCUUUGAAGAUAGAGUAAAAAAGAUGAUUGACGAAGGUCAAAGGGUGCAUGUGAGGAGGUCCGGUCGAAGUAUCUAUCGGCAGCCAAGAUGCCCGGAGUGCAUGUGCAAAUCUCACUAACUGCGCUCGAUCUGACAACCCCGUUCGAUGUUUAUCAGUCAGUGAUAACUGUAUUUUUUGGUGUCAUAUAUAACAUUUUAUAUUUUAUCUUCU